UUUUUUUUUUUUUUUUUUUUUUUUUUUUUUUUUUUUUUUUUUUUUUUUUUGUCGAUGGUGGAGCUUCAAGCUUGUGCAACUGGUUUGGUUAAUCCGUCGGCAUUAUGUGCUGCAAUAGACCAAGAAUCCAAAGGGGAGAAUAUGAAUGUUAUUGCUCGAAUGGCGGAUGAGUUACACAGAGAGAGACAGAGAAAUGCGAAGUUAAUGGAGAGAAUAUCGUUUCUGGAAGCUAAAUUGUUACAGGAAAGAGUUAAGGAUCCUGAACUUGCUGAUGAACUAGGCAGUUGUUCCAAGCGGAGAAGCGUCAAGAGGCUUAAAAGAAGCAAAGAGGAAGCAAUAAUGAAGGAUGGAACUCAGUUUUUGUCCCCAAAAGAGGUAAAUCUAGAGGAUCGAUUGGUUAGUUGGAUGACUAUGGAUGAGACACAGUUUGUGCAUUAUGAAAAGUUAAAGGAAUGUGAUAAUACUGUAGAUUGUGUUGAUUCAGACGAAACUGAUAAUGAAAAUGAUUAUUAUCAUGAGGAGAGUGAAAUCCCUUUUGACAUCAAGGAUUGGGAAACUAAUGGGAAUUCAAGGAGUGUCAAUGGUGUUAAACAAGAUAUAUAUCAUGAUUCGAAUACGGAACGCAUGGAGAAUCAAUCUGGUGCUGAAAACAAGCCAACAUUUGUAGAUGAUCAGACAGAAACUAAAGAAACUGGAAAAAAACUGGAGCCUAAAAGUGAAAGGAACGAAACCGAAAACAGUGAACUGUAUGAUCGAACACGAAACAUCCUGGGAUCUGGGAAUGAUGUAGGAUUUGGAAGUGUAUUAUUGCAAAGAAAACCUCCAAAGUUAGCGUUCUGUCCUAAAGAAGUGAGGGGAAUUAUUGAAUCAGAAGCUUUGCUGCAGAGAAACGCCCAGUCUCAUACCAUGAGGAAAAUAAUAGUGUUUUCAUGUCUUGGUAUAAGGCAUGGUUGUGAAGAGAUGUAUGAGUUAGACUUCAAUCAUUUCAGUAUUAUAAGGAAAGGAGAGCCAUUCAUUUCUCCUCAAAAUCCUGGGGAGCAUGUGUUGUAUGAAAAUCCUGGUGUGAGGAGGAAGAUUUUGUAUCCCAACAGGCACCACCCAACACUAUGUCCUGUUCAAAUACUUGAAGAAGAGAAAGCAAUGCGACCAUUAGAUGUUAACUGUCCUUCUUGUUUAUUUCUCUGCAUCAAAUAUGGUGGCAGGACGAGAAAUCUUCCGCAGAACGAGUAUGUGAGACAGCGAAUGGGAAGAAACAAGCUCAAGUCUUUUGGGCCACUCAUGUGCAGGAGGGCUAUGCUGGCUAAUCCUCGCAGUGGGAGCUUUUUCUUCAAAGCAUUGGGCAUUACCCUUCUCUUCAUGGCUGGUUUUCCAGAUGACCUUGUCCGCAAAGAAACCAAAUACCGUAAUUUGGACUUGCUUCAGAAAUACUACAGGACAGACAAGGAUGCCGUAGGUGAGGAGCUAUUUCUUGCACGCUCGACAGCCGACAGUAAUGAUGACAAAUUUGUUCAGAAGCGGCUAGCUGGAAAUACCAUUUCAACAAAAUCAAGGGGGAAAAAACAAACUAGCACAAGCGAACAGCCUGGUUCUUCAGAUAAAACAGCACCCCAUUUGGCAUCAUCUUCAACAAAAUUUGGAUCAGUAGGGUAUACUUCGAUCCAAACUCGUGCUAUGGCAGCAUUUCAGUCACUGCCAUCUCCAUCUCAGCCACCAAUUGAUAACAACCAUCCAAUUUCUUCAUGUGCUGUGGCCUCCUACCAAAACCAAAACCCCCUUAAUUAUUUCCCACCAAACGUGUUCGUUCCUCUGAUGUAUUGGCCGCCUCCAAACUCAUUCAAUCCAGGGCUCUACCCUUCAGCUUAUACAUAUCAUUCUUUUCCAUAUAGUGGCAAUCUUAUCUCCUUCAAUCAGCCUCAUUGCAGCUUUCCCUAUAGCCCCUUCACGCCAAAAGCUAUGGAAGAUGCAAAGAAUGAGGAUAUAUCAGAAGAAACGGAUAGUAAUUCUGACACUACUUCAAGCAGUAAAGAUUAAGACACAACGACAAGCAGUAAAUGGUAACCCGUCUCCUUUAUAAUAUACUGCUUUAUUUUAAGGUUCCACAUCAGUUAUUCCCUUACUUUUGUCUCUCUUUGAAAGUGAGUAAGCUGAUAACCAAGUUUAUUUGUAGCAUUUUCAUUCCUUUUAAUGAACUUCCACUCAUUUUGAUAAGUUCUUUUUCAAAUCAAGAUGAAAAUCAUCAGUUUUAGGUAUUCUUAUACUUUCUUGCAGUUGAUUUCCUAAAUGAGAAAGCAGCCUAGCAUUGAUUAGGCUCUUACCGUUAGGAUAAAUGCUCAAAGUUUAGACAUGCAUCUAGAGCGGGCUUGGUUCUACUUUAGCCUAUAAUUCAGUGUAGCUUGUUGGCAAUAUUGCAGUGCUUCCUGAUCUCAUCCUCUGCCGGUGAGGGUUGUUCUCAGAAAGGAUGGCAAUGGCUCGUGAGAGUUCCUUGAAGAAAUAGUGUUGCUUUUUGGCCAUUUUCUUCACGUAUGGCUUUGUUCUCUUUUCUUUGGCCUGUUGGUGAUCCACUAUCAGCAACCCCUUGUUGUCAAGAAUGUUUCUGUUAGUAGUUGUUGUCCAGAACCAUGGGUUUACCACGGACCCACCAUUACUAAGUGAAUCAAAAACUUGACUCCGGCCAUCUCAACUGCCCAAAUCAUCAUCCUUAAACCUCAUCCUCCCUCAGUUCUCUACUCCACUUGUUCUUCACUUGUUUCUUGCGAACCAGAACCACCAUAGCCAAUGAAUGAAGAUAAGUCUUUACCCCAACAAUAAAUCGAAACCUUCUUUGCAGCCCCUCAUCUCCGCCAAGCCAGACCUCAGCUCCCUCCCCGGCAGCUAAACCAUGUCCUGCUCAAACCUCACAAUGUUGGUGUCCCCAAAACCCACCGUCUCUGAAGCAUCCUCCCUUUUCAGCUCCCUUCCCAGAGCUACCCAGCUCGUUCAUUAUCAGUUUCCCCAGUCCACUGCUGCCUUCGGGAGCUCCGAGACCGUAUCGAUUCCGUCAAGAACACCCAAAAGAUCACUGAAGCCAUGAAGCUUGUCGCAGCUGCCAAAGUCCGCAGAGCUCAAGAAGCUGUCGUAAUGGAAGACCCUUCUCAGAGGCCUUGGUCGAGGUCCUUUACAACAUCAAUGAACAACUCCAAGCAGAGGACAUUGACACUCCUCUAACCAAAGUUAGACCCGUCAAGAAAGUCGCAUUGGUUGUUGUCACCGGCGACCGCGGCCUCUGUGGUGGCUUCAACAAUUCCAUCAUCAAGAAAGCCGAAGCCAGAAUUUCGGAAUCUCGGAAUUGGAUCUUGACUACACUGUAAUCAGCGUUGG